GGGGAAAGGGGAGGGGGGGUUGUUGGUGCAGUCAAGAGAAGCGCACGCAUGGCCGAGUACCUUGUCUGCCUAAGGGUAUAGAGUCAGACAGAGCGAGAGAGAGAGAUAGGUACUUGCUAGCCACCGUGGGUAGGUAAUUGUGUUUGCCCCGUGUUUGUGCGUUGGCUCUGUAGCUUUGGGGGUAGGCGACACGGCACAGGUGGGAACUCUGAUGAGAUUUGGAAGCGACGCAGGGCGCGUAUGCGUCUCGUGCACUCCACUCAAACUGCUACUACCUACACACAGCGUGUGCUCACAACUACAACUACUACUGCUGCUGCUACUUACUGCCACUGCUGAGAAGAAGAGAAGCAGCUACGUGUUCUCGCUCGCAUUGGCGGGGCAUUAACGAAGCCAGCUACCCCGUUACCGGUGGACUUUAUCUUUUUUUUCACCAUCAACCACGAUCAUCAUCAUCAUCCGGUCGUUGACCGAGCUUGCUUUUGGGGUGUAAAACCCAAAAGGCGGCGCAGAACGAGCCAUGGCCAAUCCACCACCGCCCGAGCUGCAGUCCGCCACGGACGUGCUCAAGUGCGGCUACCUGCGCAAACAGAAGACGACUCACAAGCGCUACUUCGUGCUGCGCGCUCCCGACGACUCGUGCGCCGCGGGUCGCCUCGAGUACUACGAGAGCGAGCGUAAGUUUCGCCACAAGUCAGCGCCCAAGCGCGCCGUGUCGCUCGACUCGUGCUUCAACAUCAGCAAGAGGGCCGACGCGCGCAACAAAUUCAUGGUGGCUCUCUACACCAAGGAUGAGUACUUGGCCGUGGCGGCGGAAAACGAUCAAGAGCAGGACGCAUGGUACCGGGCGAUAACAGAGCUCCACGCGCGUGGGAAGGCUAUGCAGCAGCAGUGCAACGACCACCACCACCAUCAUCAUCACCAUCAUCACUCCCAUCAGCAGCUGCAGCAGCAGCAGCAGCCGUCGCUGUACCCUCACGCCGAGAGCGGCGGCGAGAGCGGAGGCUCAACACACGCCGGCGACGAUGUCUACGGGGCGAUUGCGCCUUCGUCGGCCUUCAAGGAGGUGUGGCAGGUGAACCUGAAACCCCGCGGGCUGGGCCAGACGAGAAGCAUGUUCGGCGUCUACAGGCUGUGCCUCUCGAGCCGCAAGAUCAGCUUCGUGAAGCUCAACAGCGAGAAGCCGGACGUUACCCUGCAGCUCAUGAACGUGCGGCGCUGCGGUCACUCGGAGAGUUUCUUCUUCAUCGAAGUGGGCCGCUCGGCCGUCACGGGUCCCGGCGAAUUCUGGAUGCAGGUGGAGGACUGCGUGGUGGCGCAGAACAUGCACGAGACCAUCCUGGAGGCCAUGAAGGCCAUGAGCGAAUUCUCCGAGUUUCGCCCGCGCAGCAAGAGUCACUCCGCCAGCAGCUCGAAUCCCAUCUCCGUGCCGCCCAGACGCCACCUCAACAGCCUCCCGCCCAGCCAGACGGGGCUGUCGCGUCGCUCCCGCACUGAGAGCGCAAACAGCACCCAUGGGGCUUCCUCUCCGGCCGGCGGCGGCAACAACAACAACAACCCGGCAUCGGCCGCCACCACCACCAUCACCAACAUCACCAACAUCAUCAGCCACAGCAGCAGCAGCAGCAGGCAUCCGCUCAACGGAGGCGUUGGAGGAGCGGCAAGCGCGCACAACUUCAGAGCGCGCACCUCGAGCGAAGGGGAGCGGACGAUCUUGACGUCCAGACCGAGUUCGGUGACCGGUAGCCCCGUGAGCGUUAGCCCCACGCCUCCUCGCCUGCAGCAGCAGCAGCAGCUUAAUCAGCAAGGGAUCCGGGGAUGCCUCGGUGGACGCACGACGUCUCGCCUCCAAGCGGCCCCCAUCCACAGCCGUUACGUGACCGUGCCGGCACCCGGCGCGUCGCAGCCUCCGUCGUCGGCAGUGAGCCCCGUGAGCUGCGCAUCGUCCACUUCGCCGUCAUCCUCGGGGCCCAGCAGCGGCCGGGGGUCGUCGGCGAGCGACGCCUUGUUGCUGCUGUACGUGAAGGUCAACAGCGGUGGCCUCGGUCUCGGUGGCGGCGGCGCGGCAUCGGCGUCAGGGUCACCCAGCGACGGAGGAUUCGCGUCCUCGUCCGACGAGUACGGAUCGAGCCCCGUGGACGCGAGGAGACAUCAGGGCCUCGUGCACCGGAGCGCCACCCCCGAGUCUCUGAGCCGCACGCCGCCACCCAUCCGAGAGGAGCAAGACGAUGAUGGGCACAACCUCCAUCACCACCAAAUGCAUCAGCAACAAGUCAACAACUACAUUAGCAUGGGCAAGUCUUGCGCGCAAAAUGGACACCACCACCAUCACAAUCACCACCACCAGCAGCAGCUGCACAGAGAAGUCCUCCUAGCCAGGCGCGCGUCUCAGGAUGAAAAUGCGAGCGCCGCGGAAGGCACGUCGGACCUGUCCGGGGUUGUCCACCGUAAGCGCACCUACUCCUCCUGCACGUCGCCCCCUCCGCCUCCUCCGCCGGCAGCGCAGUCCACCACCGGUGUCCAACAACAACAGCAGCAGCGCAAGCCCUUGGACGACUACGCGCUCAUGAACGCGGGCAGCCUCACGAGCAGCGGCAGCGGCAGCAGCUACACGGGCAGCAGCUACACGUCGCGCUCCGCCUCGCCGAGGCCCCCCGCAGGUCCUUCGACUCCGCAGAACUCGCAGGCAGCGCACCUACAGCGCUCGUACCCGGAGGACUACGGGGAGAUCCACGUGGGCAGCUGCCAGAGGCCCGGAGCGACCUGCAAGGAUGACGGCUACAUGCCCAUGUCGCCCGGUGUGGCUCCCGUCCCGACGUCUUCGUCAUCUUCCUCGUGCUCCUCCUCGCAGUCUAUCGUCUCGAGCUCCACCACCGCCACCUCCUCCUCCAUGACGCUGAGCACACCGGGUGGUGGUGGCGGUCCUUCGGACGACUACGUCCCCAUGAGUCCCAAGAGCGUCUCGGCCCCGCAGGAGAUUCUGAACCCGCGGCGUCGCCAGGAGAUCACCGAUCCCAGUGGCUACAUGGUCAUGUCUCCUGGAACCAACAACGGCAGCUGCUCGCCCGAGUGCAGCCCCUACAUGAAGAUGUGGAGCAGCUCCAAGCUGUCCGUGUGCAGCGCCGACGGCAAGGGCGGAGGAGACGCUGGCUGCGAGUACAUGAACAUGUCGCCUGGCCUGGUGGCAGGCACCCCCCCGGACUACUUCUUCACGCCGACCAGCGCCGAGCCCCCCAAAGUGAACUGCUACUACUACUCGCUGCCACGCUCCUUCAAGCCGGGACUGCGCAAAAACGGAGACGGCUCAGCCAACGCUGCCUCGGCCGGCGCCGGCGGCGGCGGCGCACGUUUCAGCCCGGGCAACUUGACCGAGAGGCAGCUGUUCGGAGGCGACAAGUCGUCCUCCACGAGCAGCGACAGCCUGGGCCACGACCCCGAUCAGCCGGUGGCGAGCGGCAGCAGCCCCACCGCAAGCGGCGGUGGCAUCACGAAAGCCGAACCUCGCAAGGUCCAGCAGCAGCAGCAGCAGCAGCAGCAGGGGAUGGUGAGACCCACGCGUUUGUCCCUAGGUGGCCUCAAGUCGUCGACUCUUCCCCGAACGUACGAGUGCCCGGCGGAGCCGGUGAGCCCGGGGGAAUACGUGAACAUCGAGUUCGGAGACGUGCAGACUGCCCAGGCGGUGGUGGAUGCGCAGCGGAGGCUCAGCUCGGCCACGCGUCUCGCCGCACGGGCCAACUACUCAAUCGUUCCCGACUGGAGCGGCGGCAGGAACACAACAAACACCAACGCAGCAGCAGCAGUAGCAGCAGCAAACUCUGUCGUGAGUCCACUUGCAGCAGCAAGGGGUAAUCCAGCUGGGGCCAGCUACGGAGCGAGACCCGUACAAAACGGCAACGCAAGCUCGGAUUAUAUGUCCGCCUCGAACGUCGGCGGUCUUAAUUACGGUGGCAGAGUCAAUCCGAACGUCGGCGUCGAUUACGCGUCUCUGCACAUGGGCCUCGGGUGCGCUCCGCUCGAGCAGGAGACGGACGGCGACUACACGGAGAUGCGCUUCGGCGUGACGGCGCCGAGCACGGCUCCUCUCGGUCCGCCGAGCAACCACUCCAACCUGGAGGGCUCCAAGGGGCUCACAAGCCCGACGUCGAGACUCAACCGCCUGUCCUUGAUGGACCAAAUGACUGCCGCCUACCCGGUCCCCAACCCGGACCACGGCGCAAAGGUCAUCAGGGCCGACGCUCAGGGGAGGAGGAGGCACAGCUCCGAGACGUUUUCGUCCACGACGACCGCAUCGGCCGCCUUGGGGUCGGGUGGAGUGUCCCCAGCGAUGCCAACGUCCACCUCUCUGCUGUCGCCGUCAUUCUCUAGCGACUCAAACCGCCUCGGCUCUGCCUCCUUCGAGAGCGUCUACCUGAGAGACGCCGCAGGAUGUCCCGCGGGAGAAUCUGCAGAUCACGGCGGCAUGUCGAGAGAGUCCGGAUUCGAGAACGGGCUCAAUUACGUGGCAUUGGAACUGAGCAGCGAAGAGUGCCAGAGGGCAGCUGCUGCUGCUGCUGCCGCUACCGCUGUCUCUACUGCUGGCCUGGACGGGGCAAGGGCCAAUGCCAAGGGCAGCAGCACAAGCGUCGUGGAUUCUGGAGCUUACGCAAGCAUUGACUUCGCCCGCUCCGACGGCGGGUGUCCUCCUGCGCAAGAGAGUUAAGACGCCCCAGAGGAAGAAGGAGGAGGAGGAAGAGGAGACUUGCGUCUGACUGUAAAACCAGUAGUGGCCUACCGUAGUGCAUUUCAAACACACCGACCUCAGUGCCAUCGUCCACCCGCGUCCCCGUGUGGACGCGCCGUCUCGCCCGCCCGCCCGGGAGGAACUCCGCACGCCGUGCCCGCUCGCUCCUCCAAUGGGAAUCUCAGGACCUUUCUGUGCUUUUGUCAUCGUCCUUCGUUCGCCAGCCGCCCCCCCCACCACCACCCUCUCUCCACCACCGCCCCAACUCCCUGCCCCAAAUGACUUUACGACCUAGCGGGAAUAAAAAGGGGAAAGGCUUUUGCUGCACACGUGGGUGUAGUGCAACGCAUCGUACUACCCCGCAGAUCCCUGCCAGCAGCCCAGUGUGCUAUUAUGAUAAUCGUUGUUGUUAUUUUGUUCCGAUUGCUUUUUUUUUUCUUCUUCUCAUGAACAUCCUGUGAAGGUUUUUCACGGUUUAUUUGCGUGGCGCGGGGUGACUAACUAGACGACGGCAGUUUUGCAUAUCACAUUUUGCCCCAAAGCGUUCGUAGCCGCGGUACUGCUGAUGAGAUGUUGGGGGGGGGGGGGGGGGGCACCGAUUAAAUGAAAAAAAAAUGUGCACGGAUCGCCGCGGCCGUCCAGACCGCACGCGAGGAAUCGGCUCGGCAGCCUCUGAUAGCUCUCACCUCACCGAUGAUGCAUUUUUGAUCGUGCCUUUUACUGUGCAGUUUAUGAGCAAGUCACACUACUGUCAACCAGCGAUCGUCGCAGCAGCUGUCAUCCAGUGCCCCCCCCCCCCACCUUCCCGCCGCCGUCACCCCACUCCUCGCCGCGACGUUUCCGGUGCGGAAGCUCGCCGCCCCCCCCCCCACCUCCGCCCCGUCACUUCUUCACGUCGUUCGCUCGUCGAUCAUUAAGUUAUGCAGAAACACUUCCUGGCCGCUGUGGAAUCGUGCCUCCCGUGAACGGACUACCUCGGCGUUCGGGUUAUCGGCCGCCCUUGACUCUGGUACUGUGCUCCCUCGUGGGAGCGGAAAGCCUUAAAAGGUAGACGAAACAAAAGACACUCUCUGUUAUUUUUUUUUUGGGGGGGGGAUGGGUGAGGGAGGGGUUUAACGGUGACUUUUCCUUAGGAAUUGUAUCCGCGUACCGUUCAAAGACGAGCGUAGCUCCGCUUUCGUUGUGAACAGGGGGCGGGGGGUACGCGCGUGUGCGUGCUUACGCUCGUGUGCAAAAUCCGACUUGAACAAAGUAACUUUUGGCCGAAGUAUUGGAGAGGGGGGGGGGGGUAAAAAAUUAUUAAUCGCCAAGAAACGCAUGACUUGACAGACGAGGGCCGCCCCCAGCGACCGCCGUCGAUUCAGUAUUUUUUUCGAAGAACACGUGAAUUAAUAAGCAGCUUGUAAGUAGUCGGGCGGAAAGGCUGACCCAGGCCGACACCGCGAGAUGAUGCCAGGCACUACCAAUGCAACACAAAAUAACUCCCCUCCCCCCACCACCCCCCACUCUGUACAGCCUCCCUGCCUCCCCCAUGCAUGUGCCUAAGUUCCACAGAUGCUGCUGGGAUUCUAAACUAAAACUAAACUGUGUAUUUUACCAGGUAAGGCCCACUGAGCUGUACAGCUCUUUUUCAGAAGCGACCUGGCCACAAAUGAUGUAUCAAUGGAGUGGCUUGUCAUCGUGUGGAACGCUAUAGCAGCCAAAUGCUCUAGGCGCACGUUGAUUCUAAAUGUGGAGGCAAAACCGGAGGACCCGCAGAAAAAUCCACCCGGCUACGAGGAGAACAUGCCAACUCCAAAAAUACAGCAGCAGGUGUCAGGGUCGGGAUCCAACCCACAACCUCCUUCAUGCCAGGCGAGGUAGUUAACAUCUCGCCACCAUGGCGCCCCUUGCAAUACACAGCGGAAAAUGUAAUGGUACAGUUCUGCCAGCCAGAUAAUCAUAUGCAGCGAGUUUGUCUUAUUAGCUUAUUUGGAGGUGGGGGGAGGGAAUAAAAUGCCACAAGUGACGAACAAACAGAUGAGUUUAAGAAACAAGUUGUACGUUUUGUUUGCGUGGAGUCUUGUUUGGCCCCAGUUUAAAAUGUGGCACCGUAAGGAAGCUAAAUUUAGAGUUGAAUGUGCUUCUUUAUUGCUUGCCUGAAUCUAUUUUGUAUGAAAGUACCACUAUAGAAAACGUAAAAAAAAAAUAGUUUGAUUCCUGCAAUGGAAAGGUUGCGCUCAUAACUAACCCUAACCCUUGACCCGAAUAGCAUAGUCCAUGGAAUGCAUCGAUGGUGUGUCAAUGGCUGUGUCAAUAGUUGUUAGAAUAGAAUAUUUCUCAUCUUGUUAUUGUACGUUCAGUCAACGGUUUGGGGGGGGGGGGGGAGAUACUCAAGGACUGAAGACACUGGCUAAAAAUUAUUAUAUGCAACUUAAAAAAAAAUGUUUAAUUCAGUGCCACACACUACGAUAGUGUUCUCGUUGGCUACUUAAUGCAAUGUUACGUUUCCCAAAAAAGUUAAAACGAAGUGCAAGAAAAAACCCGUUGUUGUUGAAUAUAUAGUGGCUUUGAAAUAAUGGAAGGGUGUGAACUUUAAAUAACCCCCUGAGUAUUUGGCUUGGUGAGUUCUGAAGCAGUCUGUGUUGCGACGUUCUGAUCCGCUAGUUUGGAAGUCGGAAGUCGGUACCCGGCGGCGGGCAACCUGUUGCGGUGAUGUCGGCGAUGUUUGCGAUGCCCGCGGCAGUGGCGGGCAAAUCGGUUGUGGACCUGUGCGAUAGAACUUGUGGAUGAUUCCGAUUUUCUUGGAUUGACGGCCACGCGGCCGACGGCUGGGUGAGAUGAAUUCUUCGGCGGAGAGAAAUUCAGUGCCGUGAGAGAGAUGACUUCUGAUGUGGCGUCAAAAAAUACUCUUCUUCAAACGGGCGUUUAAUGAUGCUCACCCAUGCCGAGUUUGGUACGGAAAAUGUUCUUGUACGGUACAAAUUAAUAAACAAGAUAACCUUUUGUAUGACUGUAUUCGUGAGUACGGGCCAAUACAACUUUUUUUUUGCGGGGCCCUUCGUAAUGUUGUGGUGUAAAUUUGGUGGUACGGCAAACAGUUUCUUGUAAAUGGUACACGAGCAAAACGUCUGGUAAAUAGAAAUUCUCUACAAGACAGUCGCUAUUUCAUGGGUUUUGCAUUUACCGAGGUGACUCCCACUAUGACCAACGUGUGACCCAUGUUAAGGUCGAAACGUGAACCGUUAAAGUGUACAAAAAAGCUGCGUUAAGGGCACGCUAAAGUAUUAUUCAGCCUUAGGAUUAUUAUUUUUGCAAGUUUCAUAUUUUGAUACCGCAAAUUUAAUAUCUCUUUGAUAAAUAAUGAAAAAAAAGCCGUCAAAACUGAACACCAAAUCAUGUUUGCGACAAAAAACUAAAUAAUUCGGAAUUGUUUCGCCGUUUCUUUCGGCAAGUUGUUGUGCGAUGUGUAAAUACGAACGUGCUCGCCGCUCCAUUUCCGGCGUCGCAGCCGGCGUUUUGCUUUCUUGGCUGGAUGUUAGCCACGACAGCGUGAAUCGAUGUGAAAUGUUUGUCAGUGAAACUCUUUUGUCUUGGUGAAAUGAAAAAAAAAACUAAAGUUUUAAAUUGCGGGCAUGUUGAAUACUGUUGUUACUUUUUUUUUAAACGCAGUUAUGCAUACAAAUAACACAAACCUCACUUUUAACAAAAGGCCAUAAAAUGUUUUGCUAUAGAGUCAAAGGUAUAUCCAAUUUCAGGUAUCGGUUGAGAACAGGAGUCGUGCUGUAUGUGUAGUUUCAUAAUUGCGGCGACAGACAUAACAGAUCAUACACAUGUUGACGUUGGUGAAGCGCUGCUUUUCGUCUAGGUACUUAAUAAUAAUUAAUAUGUAUAUAUAUUAUGAUCCGUCAUUUGAAUUUUUUAAUACUUGGUUUGGUACUAACGUUUAAUUCAGUUUACACGUGGACUAAUUUAUUUUUCUGCAAGAAAGCGUAGUUUUGCUGAUCUAUAUAAAACAAGGAAACCCCGACACUCAAAUUCACCUUUCGAUUGUGUACAGCGGCGUGCGUUGUUAUUGUUGUUGUGUUACUUUGCAGCCGGCAAAGACGCCUGGCAUCCGCUCUCUUCGUUCAAAAUAAAUCUCCAACGCUUAGGGGGGGGGGGGGGUGUGGGGUGUUAUGAUGUUAAUGAUUAUUGUUUAUUUUAAUCGCUGCAAAAAAUAAAAUGAUGAGAAAUCUAAAAAAAAAUAACAACCAGAUUUAGAAAAUAAGGCAUAGUUUUAAUGCAUUGUAUUUUCUUGGUUUGUUACGAAUGUUUAUCUUGACUAAGGUUUAGCAUGGAUAAUUAAUGAAACGUUAUUAAAUUAACUUAUCUUUCCGUGUCUUCCCAUUGUAAAUACGUUGUACAGAGCUUACUUUGUCUUGCCCUCAAGUCCGAUACGCGGCAGUUCCUCAUAUAAUGGUGUAGUAUGUGGGUGGGUUUGACUACGAUGUUUAACCCUGAUGUAAUGUAAAUGAAUGCAAUAAAGGCAUUGUUUUGGUGCAAA